AGAUGACAACUGGGCAAUGACGUAGUACAAAUGGCGGAACGCGUAAACAACAGCGCUAGGUCUCCGGAAAAAGACUUCUCUGGGCCAAAUGCAGCGUCUCGAUGAGCUGGAAGAUCAUGGACUACGAACGUUUGGACAGCCUGGACGGCUGGGUAGCCAUCAAGAGCAACGUCUUUGAAGAAAACGAGACUUUUAAGCUGGGCUUCAUCGUCCAGUGGAAUGUAAUCGAGUGCAAGUUCGCCGUCACCUGUCACAACCGGACCCUGCAGAGGCAGAGGCGCAGGGAAGAGCAGGCUCCGGCGGACACGCAGACCAGCUGGGCCGGCCUCUUUUCGGUCAGCGAUCUUAGAAAUGUCCAUCGGCAGCUGACGGGGGUCAGCGACGUGCUGGGGGCCUUUUUCCCCGACUUGUCGGCCUUUGAGGUGGGGAAUCUAUGGGACCUUCUGUUCCUGGGCAGGCCGUCUGGCUUGGAGGAGCCCGACAUGGACCUGGACUGGCCCUGCCGCCAGCUGGAGAGAUACUUCAGCACCGCCGUCGACAUCUGCGGCCGCACGAUCGUGCUGGACUGCCUGUUCGCGCAGGACUGCCGGGACGUUGAGGAGUACUUCGAAAACCUCCACGAGUUUAAAAAGAAGAGCAUGGAGGACCAGGUGGUCAGGGCGCGAGAGCAGCUUAGAAAGAUACUCCAACAACACAAAGCUGCGGACAAGAUGGUUCUCCUGUUAAAGAUUUAUGAAGAAGAGGAUGAGGCUUACAAGGAAUUAGUUACCGUGGCAACACAGUUGUAUCAGUACCUGCUCCAGCCCUUCCGUGACAUGAGGGAGCUGGCUAUGUUGUGUAAAAUGGAGAUAAUGAAAUCCCUGGAAUUCGAGGAUUUGGGUCCUAAAAGAAUAGAGGCUCUGGAGAAGGAGGCGGAGGAGUGGAGGAAGAGAGCUCAAGAUGCUGUGUCUUCCAUUCAGGACAUCACUGUGAACUACUUUGUAGAAACAUCAAAGGCUCUGGCAGGGAUGCUGAAGCAGAUGGAGGAGGACAGACAGAGGUUUGGCCCUGCCGCGUGGGCCUCGGCCUCUCCCAGGCUGGAGAAGCUCAAGUUCAUGCAGGCCAAAGAGAUGCUGCAGCACAUGAGAGCAAAGGAAAUGUGCUUGAACCGCAAGAAGGAGGACAUCAGGAAAAGUGUGGAAAGCCUUGCUGAUCAAAGGGACAGCGUGGAAUCCGUCGAUGAAUUAGAGAUGCAGUAUUAUGAAGCUCAGCUGGAAUUAUACGACGUGAAGUUUGAAAUUCUGAAGAACGAGGAGCUGCUGUUGCUAGCUCAGAUAGACACAGUACGAAGACAGAUUAAAGAGCUGAAGGAGGAGGUGGUGUACUACGACACCUGUGAGAACGAGGAGGAGCUGCACCAGGCAGAGCAGGCCGGGAGGAGCCCGAGGGAUGCCAGCUCUCCGGACCUGAGGGACCUGCAGCGCCGGCUGCAGCGCCUGGAGAGCAAGAGAGGCGGCAUCUGCUCCAGGAGGGCCUAUCUGCGCAACAAGAAGGACCAGUGCAUGGAGGCACACGAGCUGAAGCACAAGCAGGCACAGGAGAAUGAAACACGGUUCCUGCAGCACCACAGCAUUCACUUGAAAAGAGAGAAGAAGAGGGAAGAGGAUCAGAAGAAGAAGGAAUGGGUGGAUAAGGAGCGAGAGAGGACACUGACAAGGCUGAAGACCUUCCGAGAGAAAAGACAGGGGCAGUUUGUGUUAAAAACGCAUCAUCCCCAGGCUGCUGUUCGAAACGCACCUCCGUUAGACCUUUCUCAGCCAAUGUCCAUCGUCAGCCUAACGCCAGUUGCUGAAGAUAAUAAAGCUGUGUCCACGAGGAAGUCUGCCCAGCUGUUGAAGAAAAAGAACCCGAGGAAACAGAACGACAUCGCAGUUCACAUCUUCCUUCCACAGAGAUCUGAAGGAGUGGCUCCAGAUGAGGCCGCUCCAGUGGCCCCACCCCCAGCCCCGCCCCCUCCAGCCCCUCCUCCUCCUCCCCCUCCCCCUCCCCUGCCUGCCCCACCCUCCACUGACCCAGAACUGCUUGACCAGCCCAUGCCACUCCGCUGCGAGAAAGAGGGCACAGCAUUUGGCAUGAAAAACACCCUGAAGCAGAAUAUAGGGUCCAUGGACGAAGUGCUGGCCUCCUUGCAGAGAGGGCAAAGCCUCCUGCGGAAGGUGGAGGCGUCUGCCCGCCCCCAGACUAAGGGAGCAGACAACGUCAGAGACAGCAUCCUGUCGGCCAUCAGGCAGGGGGUGAAGCUGAAGAAAGUGCAGCAGGCGCCCGAGACCGAGGGCAGCAGGGACACGGCUUCCGACCUGGAGCGUAGUAUCAAGGCUGCUAUGCAGAGAAUGAAGAAAGUGUCCUCUGAGUCUGACAGUGAGGAGCAAGGGGAUGGACAGUCAGGAGACUGGGACUGCUAGGCCCUUUGCUGCCUCCUCAAUGUCAUUUCAGGGGGCUCCCAGUAUAGGGUCUUGAAAGUCUUAAAAGUACUGAAAGGCAUUCAUCCUUAAUUGGCUUUUUAAAGGGUGUGUUUGCUAUCGAUAUCUUUUAAAGAUUGAUACUGAAUGGGAGGUCUUUUCCUUUCUGAUGUCCUGCCUGGUAGCCCUGCUGCCUUCCCAGCUCAUAGAUGUUAGGUUUAGAUUUCAUACUGGGGCACCUUCUGUGAAGAAUUUGCACGUUCUCCCAGUGUUUGCUUGGGUUUCCUCCAUUUGCUCCACUUUCCUCCCACCUUCCAAAGACAAGCCUUUUAGGCAUUGGUGUAAUUAAAUUGCCCCUUCUUGGUUGUGUCUUCCAGUGAAUUAAUGUCCCAUUCAGGACAUUAUCCUGCUUUGCCCUUCUGUUUCUGGGAUGGAUGUCCUGACAGUACGAUGCAGAAAAUAGAGUAAGUCAUACUGCACACCCUGAUUGCACUUUACUCCUCUUCAUGUGGGUGCAGUUAACAAAAGCGGAACGGAUCUGCAGGAGUAAAAACCUGAUACAGGGGCUGAAGCAUGUUAGAUUUUCUGCGGCUCGCUCCAGACAUUCUUUCGCUGCUGUUCCCACUGGGGGACAGAAUCUCUCUUGCAGUUUCCUGUGCGGAACCACAUCACAUGGUUUGGACUUUAUACAAAGGUGUUUACUGUAUUCUUGCACGUCAGUCUCUGAAAAUAUCAGCACAUCCAAUGAAAUGUGGCAGCCAAGUGGUCUUUGGAAUGGUGUCCUUGGUCUCAGUUCAUUGAGCUUAAUGAGGAAGAGGAGUGAGAGCAGUUUAUCAAGGUUGAAGAGUCAUUUGGAUUAAUCAUCAAUCCUGCCUUUGAAUUAGUCAUCAUUUUGUCUUGUGUUAUUUGCAGAAAGGACUCUUUACUCAGACACUUUUAUGCUGCAUCUAAUUAUUUAAACAGAAUUGUAAAAAAAGUUCGUUGAUUAACAAUAUAAUUUUAUGAAACUUCACUAGAAAGCAAAAAAAAACUUUGCACUGAUUAUUCAUCUUUCUUGUAUUAAAAUAAGUGGAGUUUCCAGCCUUUUCAGGUUCAGUUUCUUUAGCAGUGUGAUGUGUCAGCACUAACCCGAAAAGUGCCUUUAGGAUUGUGUUUUUUGAAUCAUUUUCAUCAAGUUUAUUACUGUGGAUAUGUUGGUAUUUGUUUUGAAUGUGUGCAAAUGUAAUAUUAGUCUUUAGGAUGGCUACAGCUGUAGGGCAGACACUCUAAGCCCUGUCAUCUGUUCCUGCCGUUCAUUGGAAAGGAAGAUGAAAUACAUAUGUCUUUCUAGUUAUGUCGCUGAACUGUCUCUGCACCCUGAGCAGGUGUUCUCAAGAGCACUGCCAUCUAGUGGUUGCAGAAAUUACAGAGACGCUUUUCUCUUUUAGAGAUAUGACCUCAGAAAGUGAGCACAUGCUCUUUAAGGAUUAUAUCCUUCAUUUUGUUCAUCUGUGUUUUCAGUUUCACCAAGGCUGUGCUGUAAACCUAUGUGACAAUACCAGUUUGGUCAGUUCAGUUAUAUUCUUCCCUUCAUAUUUAGAAUUUCAGUAUGUUAAAUGAUUCUUCACUCCAAAUGUGUAAGGAGUGGAUUGUUUCAUUUAAAAGGUGUGUCUAAAAGUUUUUUGUAUAGAAAAAAGUGGACCUUCUUAAUUAAAACAUUUAAUAGGAUUAAGAAAAGCAGUAUAAUGGCGCAGGCUAGUUCUUGCGUCAUUUGAACCCGAUUCUUUAUAAUGACUAUCUUCUCAGGCAGACAGAGGAAACAGUUGUUAUGUUCAAAGAUAUUAAAUAUAUUUUUAAUUUUUGGAGCGCCUAUUGUAAAAAGACGUGUUUGGUAUUGGAAGUUAAGUUAGUGAGUAUUGUAGAAGAUGCUGCCAAGAUAGUUGCCAAGGGAAGUGGAUUAAAAAAAAAGUAUGGAAUUCAUAGCAUAAUGUAUGAGUUGUCAUGAGGAUGAGUAAAACGGUCUUUGCCAAAUCAAAAGCUGGUGAGAUACUGGCAAUGCUUGUACAGUACAGCGCAAUAAACAAAACUGUGCUCUGA